AUGCUUCUGUCCCUCGCAUUGGGAAUCGGCACUGGGGUGGUAGAAACUUCCCUUGUCGAGAUACAGCACGGAAUUGGCAGGCACAUGGAUACUGUCGACCCAUCAAACUAUCCCACUCUCUCCAAGCUAACUCUGAUCGCUUCCAUACUGAACCUACUUUGUACGAUGACGCUGAAAAUAUCUCUUUCCAUAUUCCUACUCCGCAUGGUGCAGCAGGCGAACCGGACUGUCCAACGACUUGUUAUAUUCAAUCUUAUCAGCCUUGUCCCCUUCACAGUCGCGGUCAUCAUCGUCGAUCUCGCCCAAUGUGUGCCGCUACAAGGCUACUGGGACAAGUCCAUCCCAGCUAAAUGCAUAGACAAGCACACCGUCAACAUCCUUCUCAAGGCCGCUUCCGGUGUCGGUGUUGUCACUGAUUUCAUGACCGCUGUGAUCCCCAUGUUCAUCAUCCAUAAUGCCCAGAUGCCUGCGAGGCGGAAAUUCGUCCUCUACGCAAUCCUCGCACUAGGUUUUUUUAUCGCUGCAGCUUCCAUAGUGAAGACCGUCUCUAUCGACUGGAGCCCAAAGGACUACACUUGGGACAACGCCAAGAUGGCCCCCUGGGCGUCCACUGAGCACCAGGGCGGGAUGAUAGUGGGUUGUCUCGUGACCCUGAGGCCGAUCUUCCAACUUAUGCGGAGGCGUAUCCAUUCCAACCCCCCUAGGGAAGACUACGAUAUGGCUGUGCGUGGACAGCAGGCACCACGAAGAAACAAAAGGGAGGUGGACGAGCACGGCUUGCUCUCUGAACCUAUGGAGAUUAUGAAACAGACUAAGGUCGAGGUACUGGAUGAAGCAAGAGAUUCGCAGACAGAUGGAUCUGAGGACCCGUGGGAUUACAGGUCGCGGUAGACGACAACGCGUCAACAAUAGGAAUGGUAUGAAGUGCGGGAUUACCAUCCUUAGAAUAAGUAUAUUACUAGGCCGCCUUGGCUGAAAUCCCAAGACAAUCCCAUAUCUUUUUGACUAACCAGCCAGCACUUCCAA